UGGAAAUUCGUAUGCACAGCAAUUAAAUUCAUCAGUUUAAAAAUCAGUUUGUGGUUAGUUCGUUAUAAAAGAACAAGUGCUUCGGUUUUCGGAAAGCCAACCUGCAGAAAAAGUGUAUUUUUUAAAAUAAGUGAAUUUUAAGAAAAAACUGAAUAAGACGACAGUAAAAAUCAAGAAUGUUGCAAAACGAUGCUGUUCGAAAUUUACAAUACGAUAGCGAAAUUCGUGUCGCUCAACAAAAUAAUGCGGAACCUAGAGUUUAUGAUGGACCUAUCAGCAUUACCUCACAGCCAACCUCUCCCGAACGCAUACCAUUACCCCUACCCGUAUCCACAGUGGGUACCAAUAUUUCCACGCAGCGUAGUUUCAGCAUACCAAUGACCGGUUAUGAUUUUCUAACGGAGUUACCAUCAUUGCAUAUUGAGCAAACAUUUGAAUUGAAUGCGGCUUUGACCUCUGUCUCCUCUGAGAAUCGCUAUGUGGUACGCUCACCCUUGGGAGAUGCAGUUUAUGCCGCCUCCGAGAGCUCAACAUCCAAUAAUCGUUUACUCUGGGGCGCUGCACGGCCAUUUCAAAUGCAUUUGCUGGAUAAAACGCACCAGGAGGCCAUGCUAUUUCGUAAACAAUUUGCGCUGGGUUCAUUAUGCUGUCAUCCCAAGAAUUUGGAAGUCUGGAUACCACCGGGUAAUCUACUGGGACGCAUAGUGCAUUCCCCGACAGUUCUGAAGCCAGUCUACUACAUACAAGAUGGCGUUACCGGUGAGCCGAUUUUCUGCAUAGAGGGUCCAGAGAACUCGGGUUUUUGCUGCUUCUGUUUGCCGAAGGAAUCGUUCUUUAGGAUUCACUCGGGCGGCGACUUGCGUGCGUCUAUUGAUCAUAAGUGGGUAGCCAAUAAAUCGCAGUAUACCACGAAUAUAUAUUUCAGUGAUGCCAAACUGUUGGCCAAGGAGCGGGCUCUUAUUUUGGGUGCCGCGUUUUUGUUGGAAUAUAUGUACUUCCAAACCAGAAUGUGAGCCAACCAACUUCCACUAAGGAAUAAUGACACCAAAAAACAAUAACAAACAGCUCACAGUUACCCAGGCAGUAGCGCAUACGGUGCCGGGUCCAACCAAAGCCGGCAAAAAACAGCCUCAACACGAGUCUUUUUUACCUUUUGUAAUUGAAAUAUUUCUUUUAACUACAAAGUUUAUAAAUGAAAAUCAUUAUUUACGACAUUUUUGCAGAUUUCAUUUUUAUUCACUUCCAUCGGUCAUGUGGUUUAUAUGUUUAUAUGUUUAUAUUUAUAUUUAUGUAUGUAUGUAUUGGUAUA